AUGCAAAUGCACAACAAUCGAAGAGGCUUAAUCUGUGAUGGCGAAGCGUGGCUUCAAAACAACUAUGAAGUACAGAAUGGGCUCCCCAAUUUCUUCCGUGAAAGAUCAUAUACAUUUGCCAUGAAGACAAUUGCUGAGAAAGAUUACAUCACGGUGGUUGACGUGGCUGCCGAGGAACAUGAGGAUGUGGCCUUUCACGAGUGGGCGAUUAACAUGAAAAUGAACCAGUACAGAAGAAAAAGCUGCGGGAAUAAAUCUUACAAGCAGCCCAACUUUAAGUACCAGGGCAGUAAAAAGGCCCAAAAACAAGUUUUUGAAACCAUCAUUCAAAAGUUCAAAUGCGAGGAAGAUGAUAAGAAGUACCUUGCAAAGGUUAUAAAGGAAGCAGAUGAGGCAAAAUCAGAUAAAGUCAUCAAAAAGAUAUAUUCUCAAAUACUAGAAACUAUGCUUUAUGAUCAAUAUCUUUUUACGGAACAAGGCUGCAGCGAUGCCGAUUACUUGGUCAAACUUCAAGGUCCGAUUAUGGAGACGAUUUUCUGUGGAAGUGGCUGCAAAGUGAUCUGGUUAAAUAUUUGA